CAGCAUAAUCACUAAGUUAUAUAGUAUGUUGUAACUAGUGCAUCAGGUGUAUUUACAUGUGUAUAUUAACCAUGUUAACAUAGUUGUAGAGGCGUGUCAAAAUACAUCUUAAUUAUCUAUUUAUAUACUUGAUUAAGAUGUGAUGUUUGCAAUGGUUAUUUCCAUGUCCAAAAUAACUCCUUAUCGAUACACUGGAUAUGUUCGGCUGCCUUACAGGUCUUCUAUCACAAAGGGAUGGGAAACGUUUUAUUCAUAAGGUCCACAGUAAAAUACGUCAGCAUCAUACAUUGACCGCUUGCUGUUUAUUGUUAUUGUCAUUGAUAAUAUUGUUUAACAUAUUUUUCCGAAGGCUUUCCGUUGAUUAUGCGCCAUUUAUUUGGAGUAAUGACAAUCCGAGUUGGUUUAAUGUAACAUUUGUAGAAUUCGCUUCAUCUCCCGUUCAAUUAGUUGGUAGUGUGACAGUAGACUCAGAAAAUAUACUCAGUCUAAAACAAAAUCACAGAGAAGUCUACAGACAACUUGGUAAAAUAUUGAAUGAUAAUGAUGAAAAGAAGUUACAGGCAUGGCACGGACUAGAUACUCGUUUAAAACUUGGCGGGAGAAUAGCAACAUUCAAUGACGUAGUUGUGUCGUCUGAUGGUUGGAUCGUAGACAGUAAAUAUGACCUUGCGGUGAGAAAUGGUGGCUGCCAGACAACAACAAACUUACUUGUUCGGAAGUUUUUGGUUACACGAUACCGAAGUGUUAUAACAAUCGCCGCACGUUGGUGUGAAGGAAUAUGGCACUUUCCAAUGGAGGCUUUAGUUGGUUUAGCACAUAUAACAGAAUACAAUAAACAAAAUAGCUUCAUCCACGUUUCUGAAAAAAAUGAAUGGGUAAUGCAAUGGCUUAAAUUGAUUGGCGUGAAUAAAAAUCGGGUAAUCCAUGGAACCAUAUCUGCAGAUACAUUAAUUGUUCCUCAAAUGGCAAAAUGUGGCAGUCCGUCAUUAGAUCAGCUCCAAUGGCUGCGUAAAAGUAUUCCUCUUAAAAUUCCUCUAAACAAACAAAGCAUCUUGUUAAUAAAAAGAACUCGCAAACGUAUGAUGCCGAAUUUUGAUGAAAUUCAAAGCUUAGUUGAAAAGUUUGCCAAAGAAGUGGAUUUAGACUUUGUUCUGCAUGAUGAUCGCUCAUUGCCAUCAUUAACUCUUCAGUUAGAACGUUUCUCAAAGGCUUCCAUUGUAAUAGGUCCUCAUGGUGCCGGAAUGGUAAACCUAAUUGCAUCCAAAAAUAGAACAUGCGUUAUUGAGUUUUCACCAACUGUUUCAAACACUUGUUAUAUGAGUUUAAGCUACCUUUUAGGUCAUAAUUAUUUUUCGGUUCCUUUAUAUGAAAACCAAACGGUUAAAAUACAUAAAGUAGAAAAAGCAUUGAAUGCUUGUCCACGGACUACAUGAUGUAUCAAAAACAGAUAUAUAUAUAUUUGUCAUUGAUACGUUAUUACUGCAGCACAAAGGAAGAUUAGCUAUAGUACCAUCGGCCACACGAGCUUGUGCUAUGGGUUUUUAAUAACUAUGUUUUAUAGCAGGUCAUAUAACAAAUCAUUUUACAACAUUCCCUAUCCAAAGGGAUUUCUGAGGUUUAAGUCUUGUCAUUAUUUCAAAGAACCGCCUUUUGAUUAUUUUACACACCAGUUAUAAGUUACUAUAGAAAGGAUAUAGACAGUUUUUAUUCCGCAAACGAAUUAGUUCAUGGCGAACAUUUUUAUUUAUACAACUUUAUCAAAAUAAGUGUUUUUAUUACACUUCCAUUGUAUGUGUACGUUCUAUGACUAAGUAUUGAAAUAUGUCAUUUGGAAAAAAAAUAUGAUGGUAAUUUCUGUUUUCCCACUAUCAAUAUUGAAAGCUAAUACUCUAAAAUAAAAGAAUGACCGAAA